UUGCGCAUGCGCAAAGAUCUCGCGUCACGUGUGGUUGAAUGGCGCGACCACAACGAUUAUACCAACAUGUCCAAAAUCAAAACGUUGAUUUGGCCUAAAGUCAUUUUAUUCGGCGAUUCCAUCACACAGUUUUCUUUCCAGGUCAAUGGAUGGGGUUCAGGCAUCGCGGACAAAUUAACAAGAAAGUGUGAUGUUGUGAACAGAGGGCUGUCUGGCUACAACUCCAGAUGGGCCAAGGUAGUUCUUCCAAGGAUCUUAAAGAGUGAGGGGUCAGCAGACAACAUAGCAGCCGUCACUGUCUUUUUUGGAGCUAACGACUCUGCUCUGGAAGAUAAAAACCCUCAGCAACACGUUCCUCUGCAUGAGUACUCUGACAACCUGAAAGACAUGAGCAGGUUCCUUGCCACAGUGGGGGUCCCUGCAGGGAAAGUCAUCUUCAUCACUCCUCCUCCUGUUAAUGAAACGGCAUGGGAAAAAGAGUGCACCCUUAAAGGUUGUCCCCUCAAUCGUCUCAACUCGAUGGCCGGGCAAUACGCUCAGGCUUGUGUCCAAGCAGCUGCUCAGUGUGGUGCUGAUGUCUUGGACUUGUGGACGCUCAUGCAGAAAGAUGGACAGGUUUGUCUGGCAUCCUUCCCCACCAUCGGAGCCAACUCAGCACCAGGCGGUGAUCGGUUGAAAGCUUCGCACCUCUCUUCACCCGAGUGUCCAAAACAUGAGGACGCUAAUUCGAUGAUAUAACCACAAAGUCAGUCAUCGGAACUGCGAAAAGUGUCCUGGUGCUAAAUGUACAUAUGUACUUAUGUUUGAACGUAGUGCUCUCCCAAUCACACCUCUCCAGGUCUCACUGUCGUUACCAAUGUGAGCAUUGAAGUCUUCCAGUAGAACAAGGAAAUCACCAGAGGGUACACUCACCAGUACUUCCUCUCAGGACUCCAAAAAGGGUGGGUACUCUGAACUGCUAUUUGGUUUGUAAGCAAAAACAGCAGCCAGGACCUGUCCCCUCACCAGAGGACCCAGAGGUGAGUGUACUCUCUGGUGAUGAGGGAAGCUAUCUUCUCGUCCACCGGGUUAAACUUCCAACGUAAAGGCUCUGAGCUGAGGGGUAACAAGUAUAUGUAGUGAAAUACUGUAAUCAAAAUGUUCUGUAACAUUACAACAAAUGAUUGUAUACAUUUACUCUUGUAUUUCACAGCAAUUUACUGGUAUUUUACAUUAAAUUAAAAUACUAAUUAACCUUGCAUUUCUACAUUAAGCUUUGUAUACAACUUUAGUGGUCGUACAUACAUUGGCCAAAAGUGUAGUUAAACUUUCAAUCCCACAGGUGUACCAGUCUGUCUACCGCACUCCAGUGGCAGUAAAGGGUAGUUCAUGUUGCUCAUUGGAUACAUUAUUAAUAACCCAUAAAUAUUAGCAACACAAUCAACAAUUUCAAUAGCACAAACCAGAAAAAAAUAGCACAAACAAAUGAGCCUUUUUUUUAAUUGGGUUGAAAACGAGAAUUCCGGUUUGGUCGUGACGUCACCUUCUAAACAGUUAAUCAUUAAUAAUUCAUAAACUAUAGCAGCACAAUCGAUCAUUUCAACUGCACAAACCAGCACAAACCUAGCACGCAUAAAUGAGACUAUUUUGGCGUAGUUCAAGGAACCGAGGGCGGUCAGGUUCACGAUGUCACUUCUAAAUAUUUGAAACAUUAUUUUGAAAACAAGCAGUUCAAUAAUUUUUGCUACACAAACGAGCACAAACAAAUGAGACUAAUUUGGCUUCAUUUGGACUUAAUUUGGAGAACAGGGGGUCUGGGUGACCUUUGAUUAACCUAAAAAUAAUUUUCAAUAAACAAGAGCACAAUCAUGUUAACUGCACAAACCAGCACAAACGCAGCCCAACAAAUUGGACAAUUUUGGUUUAAUUUGGAGAAAGUGGGGGGCGCUGGGUGACCUUUAAUUGACCUAUAAAAUAAUCAUUAAUAACUCAAAAACCAAAGCAGCACAAACAACCAUGUCAAAUAGGACUGGUUUGGGGAUGUUCUGACAUAGUUCAGGACUGUUUACAUGUUAAUCACAUGUUAAGAUAAAAACCAUAAAACGUUAAUAACUUAAAAACUAUAAUAGCUCGACCAAAAAUGUUUGCAGCACAAACAAUUUAAACUAUUUUGUCUUAAUUUGGACUUAAUUUAGAGAACGGGGUUCUGGGGGACUUUUGACUGACCUUUCAGUCAUCAUUUAUUUUGAUUUCUUUCAUGAAAAUGACGUACAGUUGACACUUGACUUAUUUUUUUUGUUUCUUAUACAUUUCCAUGAUCAGAAAGGAACGUAUGGAAGAAUUAUACUCUUAUUCAUCUGCCCUCUUUUUAACACAAUUUAUUUUGGAUGACUUUAUUAUUUUUCCCUCCACCAACACCCGAACUCAACAUGCGUUUUCAUUUUUGUUUAAGCAUAUUUACAAUGACACUUCCUAUCAAAAUCAAAAAUCAUUUUGAUAUGAUUCCAGUUGUCUCUUUUUGUAACUCUUUAAAUUUAAAAAUAUUCUUGCAACUUUUUAAGUCUUUCUUUAGAGAAUUCCCUGCUUUCACACCAGCAACAGACAUUUGUUUCAAAUUUGUUUGCACUCUUGAAUGUUUAAAAAAAUACAGCCUUCUGUGGUUCUCAUCUUCAGACGUGAACACGAAUAACUCUUGUAAGUCCUUCGGAAGAACUUUAUUUCUAGUUUUGAAUAUCACUAAUAGAGUAUGCAAUUCUACAAUGUAUUUCAAUUUUAAUAUUCCUGCUCUAAUGAAGAGUGGAUUUGUGUGGUCUCUGUAUCCUACUUUAAAAAUAAUACAAAUUACCGUAUUUUUCGGACUAUAAGUCACGUUUUUUUUUUUUUGUAGUUUGGGGGUGAGACUUGGCCAAACUAUUUUUUUUUUUGGUUUGGCCCUGUCUCACCCCCCGCUAGACUGUGGAGAAGACUGCGACUUAUAGUCCGAAAAAUAUGGUACUCUUUUUCUGUGAAAGAAAUAAAGGCAUUAGGUUGCUGUAUUAUGUAUUUCCCCAUAUUUCUGCACAAUAAUUGUAAUAAAGUAGAAUAACUGAGCAAUAUAACAUACUCAUUGUGUUAUACAGGAAACUGUAUUCAACCUUGUUCAAAAUAAAUAAGCUUAUAGGUAGACCUUUGAAAUAUUCUUUAUAACUCAAAAAUGAAAGCAGCACAAACGAACACUUCAACUGCAAAAAGCAAGCCAAACGAAUGAGCCUAUUUCAGAGUUUUGCGAGGGGUGGGGGACCACCUUCACACAGGUUGAUAAUUGUCUGUAAUAGCACAAAAAAUACUGUACAUUUUAACAGAUUUGUCUCUUAAAGUGGAACUGCACUUUUUUUGGGAAUUUAGCCUAUCGUUCACAAUCAUGAGAGACAUGACAAUGGAUGGAUUUUUUUUAAUGCAUUCUAAAUAUUCAGCCAUUUUCUAAAUAAACGUAAAUAAGUCAGCUUAUAGCUGAGCCAAUGGGAGGUCCAAUAUUCCGCCCAUAAAAAUCCAGUAAAUAACCAUUCAAAAAGCGCCAACAAUACUCCAUUUACAUUUUGUGACUUGAAUAUGAACUAAGUGUUAGUGAUAUUAAGCGCCCCCCACGACCCCAAAGGGAAUAAGCGGUAGAUAAUGGAUGGACGGAUGGUAUUAUAAGGCCUAACGAAGACCAACUAUUUAUAGCGGCGCGGUGAUCAAACUUGUGUGCGCCUAUGUUUAAAUCAAGUGGUCUGCUGCUUUCUUGCUUCCUGAAAUUUAUUGUAGAUCAUAAAUCAUGCCUCAUCUGAAAAGUAGAUGGCUGAGAAUAUAAUCUGACAAGGGAUAAGCGGUUAAAAAUGGAUGGAAGUUGGGACACAUUGACAGCCUUUAGGACCUGGAACUGGUGAGGACGACACGAAAAGCGCUCGUUCUGCCACACCGUUUCUUCACAAGGAUUUUGAGAAAUUUUUCACCUAAAUGGGAAUAUGUGAACAUCCCAGCAGUCGGCCUCCUAAUAACAGAAGACCUAGUACAGUAAGUGGUGUUUUAAUAUGUGUAUUGGCUCCCAUAGUCUGCAGUGAGCAAAAAUCAGUAAAGAAAAAAAAAAAAGCAAAUGUGAUACAUUUUUUUAAAAUUAAUGCGCCGUGUAUGCUUAAAAUUUUCCCAAAAAAUACAAAUUAUUAUUAUAAAUUGACCUGUUAUUACAUUACAUAUACUCUAUAUUUACAACAUGUAUAUAAUACCCUAAUGGAUGUGUUUGAAUAUUUUUAGGGGCUCUAUAGGCUCAAUUGUAAAUGGAAUUUUGAUGGAACCUACUCUAGUAUUUAGAAUGCACUAGAAAAAAUCCAUCCGUCAUGUCUUUCAUAAUGAUUGUGAAUGAUAGGGGAAAAUUCCCCCAAAAAGUGCAGUUCCCCUAAAACGAGAGCAACUGAAGUUACAGCAUUUAAUUUUAUUGUAAAUAAUUAUAAAAUCACAGCUCUGCAGUUAAAGUACAUUAUUGUAAAUGUUACUGUGAAAGUAAUGUUAUUUAUUAGCAAGUAAUUUGUUGUGGAUUUACAAUUAACAUUAUACAGUAGACAAAAUUGCGUAUAAAUGUUUCAGUGAAAUUAGAUGAAUUAGAUCUUUGUCUGUUUUAUUGAUAGUGAUUUCUUGUAGUUAAAUUUUUUUUAAUGUAUAAUAACACGCCUUUCAGUCUUGUGGUCGAUUGUCUCAGCCUCAGUCAGCAUUACUAUAAUGGAUUGUAAGAGUGAAGAGGUGUUUUUUAUUUCUGGAAGGCUGUCAUGUUACAAAAAUGUAUCCAGACGGUAGUAAACCAGUAUUUUAUGCUCCAGCUAAGAAAAUAUUCCUUUGAUAAUGAUUCCUGCUUUCGGAACCAAUUAACAGCGGUAAACAAGGGAUUACUAUACUUGUAAAAUGCAUGCCUUUCAAAUUGUUU